GUUUUCAUCAACAGUUCCACGUGCAAAUGGAACUCAAGAAAAUGAAACCUUUAACAGACGACGCCGCCGAAUCCCCGCCAGAAACGGGGGCCCGGAAGCGUCGCAACCCGUUCAACACACAGCGGCUGAAGGAGGAGAAGGAGCGCCGCCAGAAGAAGCGAGCGCGUCUUAUCGUUCGCAACAUCAGCUACAAGACCACGGAUGAUUCGCUACGCGAGCAUUUCGGACAGUGGGGCACGUUGGAGGACGUACACAUCCUGAAGCGCGGCGACGGCAAGCUGGUGGGAUGCGCCUUUGUGCAGUACGAGACCAUCAACCAGGCCACCAAAGCGAUCCUCAACUCCAACGGCAAGGAGCUGCUCGGCAGGAAGGUGUUUGUGGACUGGGCCUUGGGCAAGGACGAGUACGUGACGAAGAACCCCAAGGAGGAGGAGCCGGAAGAGAAGAAGCCAAAGGUGGAGGUGAAGGAAGAGGACGGCGACGAGAAGGAAGUCAAGGAGGAAAGCGACGAGGAAGCUGGCGAGGAAGGCGCCAGUUCUGGGGAAGAUUCUGGGUCGGAAUCCGACGAAGAUGAAGAGGACGCUGGGGAAUCAGGGGACGAAGAGGACGACGACGACCAUAAAGAGAACAAGGACGAAUUAAAAUCAAAAUUGGAUAUCGAAAAUGUGAAAAAGGAAAAGCAAAUCUCCAACGACGUCCAGGAGGGAUGCACGGUCUUCAUCAAAAACGUUCCCUUCGAUGCAGAGGAUGCCGACCUGAGAAAGGCGUGCCGCAAGUUUGGCUUGGUCAGCUACGCCAUAAUCAAUCGCCAGGCGGUUUCCGGGCACUCCAAGGGCACAGCCUUUGUUAAGUUCAAGGCCAAGGAGUCGGCGGAUCUUUGUCUGCAAGCUGGAACGGAGUUCAAGCUGAUGGAUGAGGUCCUGGAUCCGCAUCCCGCAUUGAGUCGCGAGGAAAUGAAGUCGAAGCAGUCGCAGGACAACAAAAAGGACGAUGCCAAGGACUCACGAAACCUGUAUUUGGCCAGGGAAGGUCUUAUCAUGUCUGGAGCGAAGGCAGCCGACGGUGUUUCGGCCUCAGACAUGGCCAAGCGACAUGAACUGGAGCAGGUUAAGACGCAGGUGCUCAAGAACUUGAAUCGGUUUGUUUCCCGCAAUCGCUUGUCCAUUCACAAUCUGCCCCAAAACUACGACAAUGAAAAGCUGAAGCAAAUGGCACUCACCUACACUGGUUUCCGACCCCACGAAUGCCGGGUGAUGAGGGAACACAAGGUGACCCCUGAGCAUCCGCAGGGCAAGUCCAAGGGUUUCGGUUUCCUAUCCUUCGACACGCAUCAGAGAGCUCUGGCCGCCCUGCGGAAACUGAACAACAACCCCAACAUCUUCGGAACACAGAGUCGCCCCAUUGUCGCGUUCAGUAUAGAGGAUCGUGCUGUGCACAAAAUCAAAGAGAAGCGCACAGAGCGCUCCAAGCUGAACAAUCCCACAUACCAGAACAAGCAGCAGGAGCGCAAGGAGCGUCGCCAGCAAAAGCGAAAUGGCCAGAAGACCAAAACUCCGGCUCCCCAGGCCGAUAACAAAACCAAACUUCAGAAACAUAUUAAGAAGCUGGAGGCUUCGCGAGCAGCCAAAGCCGAAGGUAAAGCGGCGGAGAAAAAGCAGCUGAGCGAUGUGCAGGGCGACUAUGUGGGCACGGCAGCCAAGCCGGGCACUUCGCUCAAGAUGCGAUCCAAGAAGAAGAUCGUGGAGCAGGCCAAGGAACACUUGAAGAAGGUAAAGACCGAGAAGCGCAAGCAGAAGAACAAGAAGAUACGCGAGUCCCACCUGGCGGAGCGCAAGGCUAACAAUCGGCCCAAGCAGGGACGCAAGAAGGAAACGGAUGACCUGCGGCCCCUGAUCAAUAAGUACAAGAACAUGAUUAGUGGAAACCAAGGAGGCGGCGGUGUUACGGGCGGUAAAGUCAAGAAACCUAAGCGCACCAAGUGGUACACGGAGUAACGCUGCCUUGUCUAGGAUAAGAACUAACUUUUUAGCAAUAAAACUGUAGAUGAGAAAAUCUAUACAGGUAAUCACUACAACCAGGUAAA